UAAUUAAUUAAAUCAAUUAAAUUAGCCUAGGCCUAGACCUACUAAUUAUAAUAAACUAGACUGGAAACAAUUUUUCGACUUACAUCGGUAGCCGCCCUACACUUUCGAAGGUACUAUACCUUAGGGUGUGGCAUGAUGGCGUCUGCUUCACUGGAUGGCAGAACUGGAGACGAGAUAGUCAACCUACGGCUGACCAUGGUCCAGGGGGAUGGGGAUAAAGCCAAUAAUAUUUUUGUGUAUGGUAGAAGGAAAGAUUGUACAGAGCAUAUCAUUUAUUUUGGCGGAGACGUGCAGGAUUAUCCAGAAAAUAUGGAGCUCCAUCGAGACAACAAAAGAUAUCUACAGUGGAACACAGAAAACACAGCAAAGAUCAUACACAAAAAAUUUCCAAACUCUUUAAUUUUUGUUGUCAAACCAACGCGCAUGCACCUACUGACUUUUGCUGUGUACUCCAACUUUUUUCAAACCAACGACUUUGGCAGCCCAAACCAUUGUGGUGACCACGGGGCCAUCAGGCACUUGUCUGCCCUCUACAGGUCAGCUCUUGGUGAGGUGUACGCAGACAGUCAGCAAGAACCAGCCACAGAUCUACCUCUUCAUCUCAUUGGCUUCAGCAAGGGAUGUACUGUACUCAAUCAAGUGCUUUUUGAACUACAUUUGCUAGAAAACAACGGCGAGGUCAAAAACUUUCUCAAGAAAAUCAAAUCUUUCUACUGGUUGGAUGGGGGGCACAGUGGUGGGAAGGACAACACCUGGGUGACAGACGACAGUGCGUUACGUCUGCUGGCGUCACUCGAGUGCCACAUCUACAUCCACGUGUCACCGUACCAGGUGGGGGACCCCAUGAGGAAGUGGAUAGGGCAGCAGGAGGGCAAGUUUUACAAGAAGCUGCUCACCUACAAGGCCCAGGUACAGGAGAGACGUCACUUUGAGACAGAACCAAGUAGCAUCGAGAACCAUUUUAAAGUCCUAGAAGAAUUUUAGCUUAUUCAAGGAAUUUUUUAUAGCUACAAACUGUUAGUGUAAAGUCUGACCAAUUAAACAUUCAGCCAUAUCCAUCUAGCUGCAGCCAGCAGCCAGCCAUAUCCAUCUAGCUGUAGCCAGGAGCCAACGAUAUCCAGCUAGCUGUAGCCAGCAGUCAGCUAUAUCCAGCUAGCUGUACCAAGUCAGCCAGCCAGUCCAGCUAGCUGUAGCCAGCAGUCAGCCAUAUUCAGCUAGCUGUACCAAGUCAGCCAGCCAUAUCCAGCUAGCUGUACCAAUUCAGCCAGCCAGUCCAGCUAGCUGUACCAAGUCAGCCAGCCAUAUCC